AUGGCACCUUGCUUCAUUGAGUUACUCAUUGUCAAUCUAGAUCAGCUUCACAAAGCUUGCAAGAAUGGUAACUCUGGUGAUGUUAAUACACUGUUAUACACUACAGGAGUGGAUAUUGAUGCUCCUGAUAAUGACGGACAUACACCACUUCAUCAUGCUUGUGAGGUCGGUAGCGAAAGAAUUGUUAAGCUUCUUAUUCAAGAAAAAGCCAAUUGCUGUAAACGUGACAAUAAGAUGCGUACACCACUUCAUAUUGCUUGCUUGCGUGGUCAUCAUGAAGUGGCCAACACAAUCUUAUCAUUAUGCAAUAAAAAAGACAUAAGGAAAAUGCUAAAUGCUGUAGAUUGUAAUGGCUAUACACCACUUCAUACAGCAGGUAAUGAAAGAAUUGUGAAAUUGCUACUGGAAAAAGAAGCUGAUGUUACCAAAUGUGAUAAUAAAGGUCUUAAUCCUCUUGAAGUUGCUGUAGAAGAAGGACACGAGUGA